AGGAGAGAGGCGACAGAGAGGCGACCCGCCGAUAACACCCGGACUCCCGUUAACUUUCUCGGGACCAGCCGGUGACCGUUUCGGCCUUUUCUAUUUCCAACAUGACACCUCCAGCUGUGCCCGAGCGCUACUACACACGCGUCUUAGCGGCUGGGGGGCGGAAGUGAGAGAAGGGGGAAGUUGCCAGAGGAUAUAGGAAAAAUAAACCCCUUAAAAAGUCAGUCAAGUUCAAGUCAAACUUCGUCUCUCUGUUGGCAGGGUGGCCCUGGAGUGUUUGAGGGCAUGGACACCCACAUUAAGGAGGGACAACUUUAUGUGCAGCACCAAAAGUUUGGAAAGAAAUGGAAGAAGAACUGGUUCGUCCUCUACCCGGCCAGUCAAAACGGCAUUGCCCGCCUCGAGUUCUUCGACUCACCCUCGGGCGGAGCGGGCGUGGCCGGCGGAGGCUCCGGUAGUGGGACCAAUGAGAAAACCAGGAAGCUCGACAAGAAGAUAAUCCGCCUGUCUGAGUGCAUUUCCAUCCUGCCGGCUCUGACGGAGAGCUGUCCCAAAGAAAACAUGUCAGCUUUCUGUGUGGAGACCAACGACAAGACGCACGUGUUUGCUGCAGAGAAGAACACCGCCAAAGACUGGAUGGAUACCAUGUGUGACAUCGCGUUUCAGCAGGGAGGAGGCUGCACUGCUGCAGACCCUAAUGGAGGAGCCCAGGACCUGCAGAUGUCUGAAAACCUUAUCUACUACUCCAGAGAGGAGGUGAACGAGUUCUGGGUGAGCGUUCAGCGGACCGAGGCGUCAGAGCGCUGCGGGCUGGUGGGCAGCUACUGGCUGAAAGCUGAAAAUGACAUCUUAAUCUUGAAGGAGCCAAAGACCAAGAAGAAAGUUCUGGUGUGGCCCUACAAGCUGCUGCGGCGAUAUGGGCGAGACCGGGUGAUGUUUUCGUUUGAGGCAGGCCGACGCUGCGACUCCGGCCCCGGUAACUUCACCUUUGAGACCAAGCAAGGCAACGAGAUCUUCACGCUGGUGGACCAGGCCAUCCAGUCGCAGAAGGUACAGGCUGAGGAGCGCCACCUCAGCUGCCCCACUAACUUUGACCCAGACUGCCCUGCGUCACUGCAGCACAUACGCAACGCCGUUCCCAGCGCCAGCGACAGCAGCAGCUGCAGCAGCCGGGAGGCGGACGGAGAUUCAGGCGGCAGCAAACCGGGCUCUGCUGAUGGUGUGCUCGGGAAGAGGGAGGGCACUGCAGGAGGAGUCAAGGGAAGGAGUUUACCAGAGCCACCAGCCAUGUCGGGGGGUGGGGUGGGGCUUUCAAAGCCACCCAGGGGACAGGCAGCAGCAAAAGCUCUUUCCUCAGCUGAUGAACAUGCAAGUCUUUAUUCUGAGCCAGUAGAUUCAGUCCGCCUGCCUCUGCACGGCAUCGACUGCCUCUACUCGGACCCAGUGGACAGCAUCAAAGGUCAAAGCCAAACCAGCAACCCAUCCACCAUUCCAGUGCCAACCCCACGCCUCCGACCAGUAGGAGACGAGGCUUCGGCCGGUGUCAUCCACGGGGAAUUUCACAGAAAACCACCGGACUUAUACUCCCAUGUGUACGACCGGAUCAGCCUGGAGCUGAGCCAGAAAACCAGUGCGCUGAGUCUGAACGGGGCUACAGGGGGAGGAAGAGGCGUGAACAGUAACAGGAGACCCCCAGGAGGUCAAGCAGAAGGGGCUUCUUUGCCUUCUGCUCAGCUUCCGGAGCACAUAUACGAUGAACCCGAGGGUUGCGCCAAAGGAGGCACUAGCCUGCCCGCUAGUUUAGGGAUGAGUAUUUAUGACGAGGCGCGUUUGGAGCCCCACAGCCAGAGGAGACAGGAAGACCAAUCAGGACCGGAAGGAAAUUACAGCAGCCCCUCCCACAAACACUCGCCUCCGCAGCUGGGCCCAAGCCGCGGCACGCCGCUUCCUCCGGCUCCAAGGUGGCCCAAACCUAUCACCGCCCCCAAACCGGGCAGGGCCGCUUUUGGCCGAAAGGAGCCGGUGCCACUGCCCCCUGGGAAACAUGGAGGUCCUGGCAGUAAUGUGAACAACAACAACAACAGUAUUUGGGGUGGAGGAGACGUGGGGAUGGAGAUAUACAGCAAAGUGUCCAAGCAGAAACCUCCAUCUGCUAACUCGUGGUACAACCAGCACCACCAGGCCCCGCUUAGAUCCCCUGAUAUCAUCUAUGACAACUUGGGAGAUGUUUGACAUCCCUCUUUUUUUACAGACUGAAAAGAAAUGUUUUUCACCUUCGUGAAAAGAGGAGAAGUGCCAAUGCAGAAAACUUGCUCCAUGCCUUUAUUCUUGCAGUUUUUUGUAGGGACUAAGCCCAUUUCUUCAUCUGUGGACUGGCAUUCUAAUUUGAGACUCAAUUAAUUUGGAGUAGAUACGCUCUGAACUAUGAGAACACCACAUACGGCUGCAUUUUCAAACAUGGAGUGCAGCUGUUGUAGGGCCACACUGUGUGUGUGUGUGUGUGUGUGGGUGUGUGGGUGUGUAUGUUUGAGAAAGAGAGCGUGUUUGCAUGGUCAAACCCAUAACUGGAGUACCAAGCCACAGUGUGGUUGGAACCAGCCACCUCACUUGAACACACACAGACACAGACACACACACACACACACACACACACACACACACACACACACACACACACACACACACACACACACACACACACACACACACACACACACACACACACACACAGAAACCUUUUGGAUUUGCCAAAAGUAGCCCGGCCUACAGGCUUCACUUUAACAAGCGGAGAGAGCGGCUUGGCUCUACUUUUUUGAAAUGUCUGUCGUGCUGAUGAAGUAACUGGGAAACAUGUUUUUGCACUGCUUAGGUUUGGAGUAUCUUUGAGGAAAGGACUUCACAAAAAGGAGCUGAUCUUUCUCUGUUUGUGUCUUUCUGGACUGAUUUAUCAUCCUUAAUCCCAAUAAAUCAGGGUGACGUACAACAUAUUCAGCCCAGGCCACUAAUGUGCAACGAAGUUGCAUCUUAGGAUCUACUGUUUUGGAAGAAGCAUGAAAAGUGGAUCUUGGAACAAGACAUAAAUGGAUCAUAAAGAGGUCAUGAGGUCAUAUGAUCCACAUGUGGGCUUUGAGUUACAGAGGUCACUUCCCACACAAGAUUCUGUUUCUAUGUACGGACUUAAUAUGAAACUAAUCAGUCCCUUGCAAUGUGUCAGUAUGUGAAUGUAUGUGAUAGAAACAGCUGUGCUGUCUGUAAAUAUAACUAUUAAUAAAAAUGGCUCUAAAAACUUAAAAAGGUUCUUCAUAGUUGAUCAGAAAGCAAGAGAACUCUCCUUAUUGCUACAUCACAACUUCUCCUCAGUGUUUCUGUGGAGAUCAGACUAAGUUCUAAGUGUUUCAAAGACUUUCUGUUCUGGUACCAAACGGGACAGUAAAACUGACC